GUCAGCAGUAAACAAGGAUGGCUGCUGCAGACGAAAUUAAACACCUCGAAUAUUUGUCUUUAGUGUCAAAGGUGUGCACCGAAUUAGAGAAUCAUCUGGGAAUAAGCGAAAAAGAUCUUGCCGAGUUCAUCAUCAGUCUUGCAGAAAAACACCAUACAUUUGAAGAAUUCAAAGCUAUUCUGUUGAAAAAUGGAGCAGAUUUCACAGAUACAUUUAUUGGCAAUUUGCUCAGACUUAUACAAACCAUGCGACCAUCACCAUCUACAAGUAAAGCACAUCAGCCAGUGGUUAAGCCAAAGAGUGAGAAGGACAAACUGAAAGAGGCAUACCCUGCCUUAUGUAGGCCAGAUGAUCCAGCCUGGAAGGUUCCACCAUGCAAUCCUGAUAAAGAGGAUGAGAAGGUGGCAGCAGCUGCCAUGAGAGAGUUGGAGAUGCUAAUGCCUAGUGCCAGUGGUACAAGCUCUGAUGACAGGUCGGACAAGAGUCGACGAGAUGACAGGACUCGAGACAGAGAGCGCGAUGGGGGCCGUCGUCGAUCUCGUUCCCGCUCCAGAUCCAGGGACCGUGACAGAGAGAGCAAUCACAAGCGCAGAAGGAAGCGUGCGUCUCGCUGGAGUGACCGCACACCCAGUCCCCGCAGAGACAAUAAUGAGGACAACAAUGGCGACAGGCACUCUGACCGCUGGCCUGACAGACACGUGGAUCGACCUCCACCAGAUGAGCCAGUCGUGGGUGACAUCUACAAUGGGAAAAUCAGCAGCAUCAUGCAGUUCGGCUGCUUCGUUCAGCUUGAGGGAUUGAGAAAACGCUGGGAAGGCUUGGUGCACAUCUCAGAGCUUCGCAAGGAGGGGCGUAUAGCCAAUAUGUCUGAUGUGGUCACCAAAGGCCAAAAGGUGAAAGUCAAGGUGCUGUCAUUUACCGGAACCAAGGCUAGCCUCAGCAUGAAGGAUGUGGACCAGGAGACAGGGGAAGACUUGAACCCAAACAGGAGGAGGAACCUGGAUUUUGGGCUCGGAGACGAAGCCAUGAGGAACCCUGACCGCCCCAUUGACCCCAGCCUACUGGAGACGGAGGAAAACCCGACGGAACGCAAAAGACUCGCCAAGAUAACCGACCUUGAGAAAUGGGAAAUCAAGCAGAUGAUUGCGGCUAAUGUCCUCCCUAAAGAGGAAUUUCCCGAGUUUGAUGAGGAGACUGGUAUCCUGCCAAACAUAGAUGAUGAAGAAGAUGAGGAUAUGGAGAUUGAAAUGGUUGAAGAGGAACCCCCGUUCCUGAGGGGACAGACUAAAAUGACCAUGAACAUGAGUCCAGUCAAAAUUGUAAAGAAUCCAGAUGGCUCCCUCUCCCAAGCUGCCAUGAUGCAGAGCGCCCUUGCUAAAGAGAGGCGGGAGGUGAAGCAGGCGGCUCGUGCAGAAGAGAUGGAAGCCAUCCCUACGGGCCUCAACAAGCACUGGAUAGACCCCAUGCCUGAUUAUGAAGGACGACAAAUUGCAGCCAACAUGAGAGGCAUUGGUGCAAUGCCUGUUGACCUUCCAGAGUGGAAAAGAUAUGCCUUUGGGGGUAAUCAGGUGUCCUAUGGCAAAAAGACAGAACUUUCCAUUCUGGAACAGAGGGAGAGCCUGCCCAUCUUCAAACUCAAGGAACAACUUAUACAGGCUGUCCAUGACAACCAAAUCCUGAUUGUUGUUGGAGAAACUGGUUCUGGGAAGACCACCCAGAUCACCCAGUACCUGGCAGAGGCAGGCUAUACAGCCCGUGGAAAGAUAGGCUGCACUCAGCCCCGUCGUGUGGCCGCCAUGUCGGUGGCUAAGAGAGUCUCUGAGGAAUACGGUUGCUGUCUGGGUCAGGAGGUGGGCUACACCAUUCGUUUUGAGGACUGCACUAGCACAGAGACAGUGAUCAAGUACAUGACCCACGGUAUGCUGCAGAGAGAGUGUCUGCUGGACCCGGACAUGAGUCAGUACUCCCUCAUCAUGCUGGACGAGGCCCAUGAAAGGACAAUCCACACUGAUGUGCUGUUUGGCCUGCUUAAGAAGACAAUACAGAAACGCAAAGACAUGAAGCUGAUAGUAUCUUCAGCAACACUGGAUGCCGUUAAGUUCUCUCAGUACUUCUUUGAGGCUCCAAUCUUCACCAUUCCAGGAAGAACCUUCCCAGUGGAAGUUCUCUACACUAAAGAACCUGAGACCGACUACCUGGAUGCCAGCCUCAUCACCGUCAUGCAGAUCCACCUGACUGAGCCUCCAGGUGAUGUCCUUGUGUUUCUGACUGGUCAGGAAGAGAUUGACACAGCCUGUGAGAUCCUGUAUGAACGGAUGAAGUCUUUGGGACCUGAUGUUCCUGAGCUGAUCAUCCUGCCUGUAUAUUCUGCUUUGCCCAGUGAGAUGCAAACCAGGAUCUUUGACCCUGCACCUGCAGGCAGCAGAAAGGUCAUUAUUGCCACAAACAUUGCUGAGACAUCGCUGACCAUCGAUGGAAUCUACUAUGUGGUGGACCCCGGCUUUGUCAAGCAGAUUGUGUAUAACUCCAAGACUGGCAUUGAUCAGCUUGUGGUGACUCCUAUAUCACAGGCCCAGGCCAAGCAAAGGUCUGGCAGAGCUGGCAGAACAGGCCCAGGGAAGUGUUACAGGCUCUACACUGAGAGAGCCUACAGAGACGAAAUGCUCACUUCCAACGUGCCCGAGAUCCAGAGAACUAACUUAGCCAGCACUGUGCUGUCUCUCAAGGCCAUGGGUAUUAAUGACCUCUUGGCAUUCGACUUCAUGGAUUCUCCUCCCAUGGAGACUCUGAUCACAGCUAUGGAACAGCUCUAUACUUUGGGAGCUCUGGAUGACGAAGGCCUGCUCACACGACUGGGUAGACGGAUGGCUGAGUUCCCACUGGAGCCCAUGCUGUGUAAGAUGUUGAUCAUGUCCGUCCACCUGAGCUGCAGUGAAGAGAUGCUCACCAUCGUCUCCAUGCUCUCUGUGCAGAACAUAUUCUACAGACCAAAGGACAAACAAGCCCAGGCUGACCAGAAAAAGGCAAAGUUCUUCCAGCUGGAGGGAGAUCACCUGACCUUGCUGGCCGUCUACAACUCCUGGAAGAACAACAAGUUCUCCAACCCCUGGUGUUUUGAGAAUUUUAUCCAGGCCCGCUCGCUGAAGAGGGCCCAGGAUAUCCGCAAGCAGAUGCUGAGCAUCAUGGACAGACACAAGCUAGAUGUGGUGUCUUGUGGAAAAGCUUCUAUGCGAGUUCAGAAAGCCAUCUGCAGCGGUUUCUUCAGGAAUUCGGCCCGAAAGCACCCACAGGACGGCUACCGUACCCUUAUCGACCAGCAGGUGGUGUACCUUCACCCUUCCAGCACCCUCUUCAACCGUCAGCCAGAAUGGCUAGUGUACCAUGAGUUGGUGCUGACGACUAAGGAGUACAUGCGGGAGGUGACAACCAUUGACCCUCGCUGGUUGGUAGAGUUUGCGCCAGCCUUUUUCAGAGUCGGCGACCCCACACGCCUUAGCAAACAGAAGAAACAACAGAAACUGGAACCUCUCUACAACCGCUACGAAGAACCCAACGCAUGGAGAAUCUCCCGUGCCUUCAGGAGGCGUUAAAGACACAGAGAGCACAUUCUGCAUGGACGCAGCGUUUACUACAUAUUAAGCCAGCUACUGGCUGAUAAACAAAGAGACCCUCGCUUUGUGGUACAACUAUUGUUAGAUUUCAUUAAAGUAUUUAUUCUACUGUACAAAAUUGAUCUUGCUAAUACUUCCUGAUUUGGCUGACUAAACCUGGAUACAUUAUUUUGGGGUCAUUUCAGAGGAAAAUAAAAAUACUGACAGCGACUGAUAGGAAACAAUUUGUUACACCGUAUAGUUUCCGGUUGUAUCUGUAUUCAUAUAUUUUUUUCCCUUCAUUUCAUUUUUUUAAUUUUUUUUUUUUUACUUGGUUAUGAUUUUUACUGUAAUCUCCCCUUGUCUGAAUUCAUGGAUAAAUACCA